AUGGUUUACCCAGAAGGUGAUUUUCCUACUCCUACAGACAUAACAGAUCCUAUCCAGCAACUCCUCGAAUCUUUUGGACCUCAAUCGGAGACGCAAUUACGGACUGCAACUUCGUUAAAUGGCUGGGGGAUCAUGUAUUGGUCGCUGCUUCUUACGCCGUCGGAAGUGAAGAUGCUAGAGGAAAAUCCUUUGGUCUAUGAAGUAUCGCAGGCGGUGGUGGCUGGAACAGAUGAUUUUUGA